AUGGGAUGUAGCGGGCGGCUGCUGGGACCCGCCGGGGGCCGCCGCGCCUCGCUGCUCCUCACCAUGAUCCUCUUCUUCACCUACUUCUUCUCCUGCCUGCCCGGGCCCUGCGAGCCGCUGCCGCCCGCGCUGCUGCUGCCGCCGCCCGCCGCGCUGCCCGCGGGGCCGGGGGAAGCGGCGGGGGGCUCGGGGGGCUCGGGGGGCUCGGGGAGCCGCCGCUUCCCCCAGGCCAUCAUCGUGGGCGUGAAGAAGGGCGGGACGCGGGCGCUGCUCGAGUUCCUGCGGGCGCACCCCGGGGUGCGGGCGGUGGGUGCUGAGCCCCACUUCUUCGACAGGUGCUACGAGAAGGGGCUGCGCUGGUACAGGAGCCUGAUGCCACGCACCCUGGAGGGACAGAUCACCAUGGAGAAGACUCCCAGCUACUUUGUCACCAAGGAGGCGCCGCGCCGCAUCCACAACAUGUCGCGGGACACCAAGCUGAUCGUGGUGGUGCGGAACCCGGUGACCAGGGCCAUCUCUGACUACACACAGACCCUCUCCAAAAACCCCUCCAUCCCCAGCUUCCAGGCCCUGGCCUUCAAAAACCUCAGCACGGGACUGAUCGACACGAGCUGGAGCGCCGUGAGGAUCGGCAUCUACGCCAAGCACCUGGAUAACUGGCUGCAGUACUUCCCGCUCUCCAAAUUCCUCUUUGUCAGCGGGGAGAGGCUGGUCAGCGACCCUGCCGGGGAGAUGGGGCGUGUCCAGGACUUCCUGGGGCUCCAGAGGGUGGUGACGGACAAACAUUUCUAUUUUAAUGAGACCAAGGGCUUUCCCUGCCUGAAGAAGCCGGAGGGGGGGAGCAAACCUCGCUGCCUGGGGAAAUCCAAGGGGCGGCCACACCCCAAAAUCGACGGGCAGGUGGUGCAGCGCCUGCGGGAGUUCUACAGACCCUUCAACAUGAAGUUUUAUCAGAUGACAGGGCAGGAUUUUGGGUGGGACUGAGCCCAUCCCCAGGGCACGCUGCCGGGCUGGCACCUGGGCUGCCAGGA